AUGGUUGUUCAAAAGAAGCCUAUCCCAACUCCCGCCAUUCACAAAAAGGGACCCUUUAAUGUUCAGGUCCCCGGUGUCGAGAAGAAGGAAGGCGAGGGAAUCCCCCGUCGUCACCCUAGUGCCGUUGCCGAACUGGUAUCGCGCCUGGAACCCGACAUUGCGACUACCUACGACAUUGUCAAGCGUGGUGCAGCAAAAUUCGGUGAUGCCCAGGCUCUUGGAUCCCGCAGCCUUAUUCAGGUUCACGAGGAGACAAAGAUGAUCAAGAGGAUGGUUGAUGGUGUUGAGCAGGAGGUUCCGAAGAAAUGGGCAUACUAUGAAAUGAGCGGAUACACGUACAUGUCGUUCAAUGAAUAUCUUGCUCGUGUUAACACGACCGGAGCUGCGUUGAAGGCGUUGGGAUUGAAGAAGGGCGAGAAACUGCAAAUUUUCGCUGCCACUAGUGCAAACUGGCUUUUGGUGUCGCAUGCCUGUGCAUCACAAUCGCUGCCAAUUGUCACUGCUUAUGACACUCUCGGCCAAUCCGGCCUCACCCAUUCGCUUGUGCAGACCGAGGCAGCCGCCAUUUUCCUCGACCCCCACCUUCUCCCACAACUUAUUAACCCUUUAAAGGAAGCGGUUAAUGUUAGAUAUGUCAUCUACAACACUGAUACCCCGGUCAAGCAGGAGGAUAUCGAUACCUUGAAGGCUGCGCAUGAGCGAUUGCGCAUUCUAAGCAUUGAAGAGCUUAUUAAGCUUGGGCAGGAGAACCCUUGUGAUCCUGAUCCUGCUGGUCCCGAAGACCUUUGUGGUAUCAUGUAUACUUCUGGGUCAACCGGCACUCCUAAGGGAGUCCCCCUUCUCCACAAGAAUGUGGUUGCGGCGGUGUCUGGCGUCAGCGUCAUUAUCGGCCCCUAUGUUGGUCCUGGGGAUUUCCUGCUUACCUUUUUGCCCCUGGCACACAUUCUCGAGUACGUGUUUGAAAACGCAUGUCUAUUCUGGGGUGGAACCAUGGGUUACGGAAACCCCAAGACUUUGUCGGAGAAAUCCAUGCGCAACUGCAAGGGUGACAUCGCCGAAUUCAGGCCGACUAUCCUUGUCGGCGUCCCUGCGGUUUGGGAAACCGUGAAAAAGGGUGUCAUGGAUAAGGUUUCCAAUCUUCCUCCAUUGACUCAGAAGCUCUUCUGGGGCGCCAUGUCGCUCAAGGGCAUUCUCCUUCGCUCGGGCCUUCCUGGAUCUGGCAUCGUGGAUCUUAUCUUUAAAAAGGUUAGAGCUGCGACUGGUGGAAGGUUAAAGGUUUGCAUGAGCGGAGGGGGACCUAUCGCCAAAGAAACCCAGCAUUUUAUUAGUAUGACCAUUUGUCCAAUGGUUAUCGGCUAUGGGUUGACUGAAACUUCUGCCAUCGGUUGCCUUAUGGACCCAAGUGAAUGGAGCACCAAUAGUCUUGGGACAAUCCCUGCUUGUGCUGAGAUCAAGCUCGUAGACUAUCCGGAGGCUGGUUACUUCACCCAUAAUAAUCCCGAGCAGGGUGAAGUUUGGAUUCGUGGCGAUUCGGUCGCAUCGUCGUACUUUAUGAAUGAGGCGGAGACUGCGGCAGCCUAUGAGGGUGAAUGGUUCAAGACCGGGGAUAUCGGUGAAUGGGAUUCGAAUGGCCACUUGAAACUCAUUGACCGCAAGAAGAACUUGAUCAAGACUCUGAACGGAGAAUACAUUGCUCUCGAGAAGCUUGAAUCGGUUUACCGUGCGUCAAGCAUUGUUGGAAAUAUCUGCGUUUAUGCCGAUGAGCAAAAGACCAAGCCUAUCGCUAUAAUUUUCCCCGUCGAGGCGGCAUUGAAGAAGCUUGCCGCCGAGAAUAGCGUCGAGGGAGAAUUUGAGCAGCUUGUCCACGAUGCCAAGUUAAACCAGAUUGUUAUGAGGGAGCUUACCGCCGCUGGGAAAAGGGGUGGGCUUGCCGGCAUUGAGUUGAUUGAAGGCUGUGUCUUGACCGACGAAGAAUGGACCCCCCAGAAUAGCUUGGUGACUAGUGCUCAGAAGCUGAACAGAAAGGGGAUUCUUCAGAGGUAUCAAUCGGAGGUUAACAGGGCGUAUGGAGGUUCAUAGAUGGAUCGUUCACGGAUGAAGGUGUGCAGGCAGAACUGUGGUUAAUGCUUUGUCUUCUUGUCGUUUUUAUUAUCAUCAUUAUUUGGAGCUUGAUUCACUAUCACCCUUUUUUCCUUCUUUCCUCUUUUUCGAUAGCGUUGCCUUUUUUUUUAGUUGAGUCCACUUGCGGAUGAGCGUGAUGAUGCUGUGUUGGUGGGCUGAUGUGAUGGGGCUUUACUUACUUCCCGAGAGUCUGUUUCUGGCCCGGUUUUCACGUUGUCGCGCUUCCCUGAUUUAUAUUCUGAGUAAUUGGCAUACUUCCGUUUGUUUCAGUAGUCGUUUUCGGCAGCGGCGGGGUGUGGGGGCUUGGUGCUUGUCGGGGGGAGAGGGGAGUACUCGGUAUCGCGGGGACAUUAAAAUUCCGGUAAUGGGUGUGUUGCAGU